GCUUGAUAUACCUUAGAACUUCUGUCAAUUAUUGGCACAGAAUGGUUACAGUACCCAGUCAUACCCUCCAGGAAAGGCUGGAGGGGCUAGCCAAGCUUCAGGCAGGUACACUAGAUAACCCUUACAGCAUAUCACACAGGCUGGCCCUUGCCAAUGCGUACAGAGGCUUGGGAUACCCCGACCUUGCCGCCGGAGAUGCCUACAAGGCCCUUCUUUUGGUCGAUGAAUGUGCGGAAGAAGGCGAAUUUCACGAAGAAGCCUUGGAAGCUGCGACCAAAGAUUACCAAGAGCGAACCGGCUCCCUGGAUGAAGAUACUGAUCACGUAGUCCUGUGGGCCCGGUCCUCCUGUUUGGAAAACGCAUACGAGAUACUCAUACCCUGCCUUAUACAAUGCGGAAGUCUUCGAAGUGCUGCCGGGUUCCUGAAACGCGCCUCGAGAUCUUUCUCAGAUAAAGUGGUGCUUGCAUCCUACCAGGAAAGCCUUGACUCAAAGCUACGCUUGCAUCCAAAUUUUCAAGAUGUUGAUCUCGAACCAAUUAGCAUCGAAGACUACCCCGACAAAGGUUCUGUACGACGAGAGCUCUAUCCUUGGAAUCGCCAUGAACCUGAUAGAUUCUCAUCUGAAGCGCUUCAGUUUCUGAACAAUGAAAUGGAACAAGUUGCGCCGAAGCUUGAGGUGAAGGUGGCAGAGCUUCCAAUACUAAAUGAAGCUUCGUCGCAGUGUGUCGAUGUCACAUACGUCAAACAACUUGGCAUAUUCGCGAAAGAAGACAUCUCGCCCGGGGAAGAAAUCUUGACAGAGAAAUCACUUCUGACAGGAAUAUCUCGACUACAUGACUUCUAUUGCGAUGCUUGCAGCAUUUCCCUAUCAACUACGAGUAAUGACGAGCAGCCCGCCACACUUUCAUGCGAAGAGUGCGAAGAAGUCUUCUUCUGCAGUCAAGAGUGCCAUGACCUAGCGCAGGACAACUACCAUCCUUCUCUGUGUGGUGUAGUUACGGAACAGAAAGUCAAGCCAAGCGAAGUCGCGGACGUAUUAUACACACGCCUGCUGGUCCGGGCGAUGGGCCUGGCUGAAACGCAAGAUGUUCACCCGCUCGAUUUAAAGGAGGUUCGCUUCAUUUGGGGCGAUUAUCACGGUCUGGAUCUGACAGAGAGAUGUAAACUGGACUCUGAUCCAUUUGCUGCUGUUCCUCAGACGUUGGCAUUCUCCUUUGAAGCCAACAUUUUAAGGCCAUUACACAUUCUAGAGAAGAUGGACGUCAAUAUUUACGAGCAAAGCCAUCGAUAUGACACAUGGAUCUUCAACACUUUGUACGCUAAAUUUCGAGGAACGGCUUCCGGACGACAGGGCCUUGACGGCCGACCUGAAAUAUGCGCAGUGCAUCCUAUGUGGUGCCUUGCAAACCAUAGCUGCGACCCGAAUGUGGCUUGGGAAUGGAACGGCACCAUCCGCUUCUGGGCUCGCGAACAGCUUGUCGAAUACGAGCGGCAAGUGCCGAGACAGCCAGGUUUGAAGAAAGGAGAAGAGAUCUUCAGCCACUACUGUGAUAUCCGACUCCCAGUUCAGGAAAGACGUGAGUGGGCCUCCGGAGCAUUAGGAGGGCUCUGCGUAUGCCCCAGGUGUGUUUGGGAAGAUGCUCAGCGGACGCACUGAGUGCGAGAAGCAAGCGCAUAUUCAGCUCCAACACGAUUUGGGCAGAACAAGUUUGCCGUGACACCCAUCUGUCAGGUGGACACAACAUGACUUUCUGCACCAGACAGCCCCCUUUGUUCCCCUUCAGCUCUGGCAGUGGGUGUGGUCCCAGACCUGGCCACGAAGUCAAGCGACUGUGGCCUAACUACGAUGCUCAUGCGUCGAGUCUGAAUGGCACUGCGCCUCUGUUGGCUCUUAUCACCACCCAAUCUGAUUCAUGUCGAGUGCGAGGGCUGUAAUUUCCUUGUCGAAGGCAAACUUCAUCACUAAAUCAGAUUUGACGCGCGUC